AUGUCACCACAACCACAGAUACCCGUCAUCGACAAUGCCAUCGGCUCGUCUCCAUCUGCAACCCCACUGCGCCCUCCCUCCCAGGCCGUCUCUGUGCCUGCCAGUAGACCCUCGAGCGAACAUUUCGGCACUGUCGUCACCAUCGAAGUCGGAUCUGAGAAGAAGGCCUUCGUCAUCCACAAGAAUUUGCUUUGCUUCUACUCCGACUACUUUCGUGCUGCCUCUAACGGCUCCUUCAAGGAGGCGACUGAGGGCAAGCUAUCUCUUCUCGAGGAUUCCGCUGAUCUCUUCUACAUCGCCAAUAGCUUCUUAUACACAAGACAGCUUCGUCAAGAACAUGGUCAGAUCUACUCGCAACUGACUUUGUUCGCUUCAACGGAGAGCAAUACCUCCUGGCAUCAAUCCCAAUACUCACCAUCAAACAUGGCAACUCCUCCAGUGGUAAUCGCAACCAUACAAAAGAAAGUGUGGGCGGGUAGUUUACCGCUCGAGAUCCGACUGGCAAGCGCAGACUGCAGAACCUACGACGAAACGGAUCCAUAUCUGUUACAUCUUCUAACUUCAUUCACAGNNAUAAACCUCCCCCGUCUAUCCUACCUCGCCUCUCUACUCNCCCGUCUGCACGCCUUUUUCUCUGCUCAGCUUAUAGAUCCCUCGAUACCAUUUCAAAACGCCUGGUUAUCCUUUGAGAAUGUGGCGUUGAAAUACCAUUACCCAAUCGGCUUACUCUACGACUUGUUUUCUGGCGCUGCACCUUCAAAUCCCGAGGACGAUGGCACUGAAGAACAAGAAUCACUGCCUUGGAAACUGGUAUUGAGGUAUUCAGAGUUUCCGGAUGAGCAGUUGAUGGGGUUGGAUGCGGAGGGCAAGGUGUUGAGGGAUUGUUAUGUUAAUGCUGUUAAAGAGGCAGAUGUGAUUCGCAAUGGCAAGNGGAAUGUGUAUAUGGGGUUGAGCAAAGAUGACUCGGAUGCGCUGUGGCAAGCAGUGCAGGAGCAUGAUCUGGCCAAGUUCAACACGAUAAACAACAAACUGCUCAAUCCACCGGGUACACCUCUCCGCAACAUCCCGAUCAAAAUCUACCUCCCUACAACGGCACCGACAUCAAGCUCUGGUGGUGAUGAGACAGAAACAGUACAGGCUAGUAUAAGGACAGUGCAAGGUCUUGUUGCUCUCUCUUCUGCAACGCGUCAACCGAAUACACUGGGCAUGGCCUUGAAUCAGAUACUGCCGACUGUGUUCCCUAGUAGGCGAAACCCAGUAUUGGCGGCGCCUGUGUUGCAUGGAGCGGUUGUGCCUAUGAAUGCACCGGUCGAGGACCUCAUGAGAGCUGCUGCAUUUACGGAUGGGUUCUUGCACAUUGUGGUUGUCAUGUUGUGA